UGUAGUGUGCGACGGAUUUUAUGUACUGACGCUUUUCCACAGGCUCUACAUCAUCACCGUACAUCAUGGAGUGCGUUGGAACGGCAAAGGGUGACAGUAAUGACAACUGCUGUGUUACAGAACUGAUCACAAACUCAAAAGCGCCAGACAAUUCGUCGAAAAAUGAUUUGUCCAAGCCAGAAUCGAAAGCGAAUGAUAAUGCCGCGGCAGCAACUUCCCAAGAUGAACCUAAGGAACGAAUCGACUUCAAGAUAAUCUACAACAAACAAAAAAUAGACGUCAAUUUUCCACUAGAUAACACAGUCAAAGACUUGAAGGCUCAUUUACAGGACAUUAUCGCAGUGCCACAGGCCAUGCAGAAAGUGAUGAUCAAAGGAUUGGCAAAAGACGAACAAACUCUGAGAAGUUUGGGCGUUACAAAAGGCGCCAAAAUUAUGAUUGUCGGUUCCAAGCUGAACGACGUUUUGGCUGUUUCAAUACCCACAAAGCAGGACUUAGUCGAUGAAGCAGCUACUGCUACAAGUAAGGAACCUUUGUCGCAGCAAACAAUGCACCGUAAGGUCUUGGAUAAAGGUAUUCCUGAGGAUGUGAUACCUGGUAUACUAAAUAGCAAGGAAUCACUUCCGGACUUUCCACUCACCGGUAUGUUGAACAAGUCGGGUGGGAAAGUUCGUCUAACGUUCAAAUUGGAGCAAGAUCAACUAUGGAUUGGAACUAAGGAACGCACAGACAAGAUACCAAUGAACUCAAUAAAAGGUGUUCUCAGCGAACCAAUCCACGAUCAUCCGGAAUACCACAUAAUGGCGAUUCAAUUGGGUCCGACAGAAGCAUCGAGGUACUGGAUAUACUGGGUACCUGCGCAAUAUGUUUCGGCUAUAAAAGAUUCUAUUUUGGGUAAAUGGCAAUAUUUCUGAUUCAAAAUUACAAAAAUAGAAAUAUCUCUGCAAAUGAAAGGAGAAAAACAACGUGGUAUAAAGAUCAACACGAACGACUGUCCUAGUCAAACAUUUUUGAGAGUAAGUUAUUUCUGGUAUCGACCCGAGCAAUGGAACCGAAGUAUUUCAAAUAAAAGAUCUUGUGAAAUAAAUCUGCAAACUUAACUGGCGUAAUCCAGCAUAUAAAUUAGCUAGGUACUAAUAAAAACUCUACUCGAUGUUUGACCACUAGACACAAGAAACAUAAUUUCUAUUACUCGGCAUAGAAGAAAUGGAAAUUUUUAAAUCUUUUUACCUUUCAAUUUAAAUAUUGUGUGUAUAUAUUACAAUGUGUUCUACUCGGCUAGCAUUUGCGCAUAUCCACGACUAAUAUAAUGCAAUAGCGUCUCUGAAUAUAAAGCAAGUCAGCCAAAAAAAUAUAUUUGUGAUUAUUUAAUGCAUCUAUCUAGAACUUUUUUUUUGAUGUUAUUAUACCAUUGCCAAGCGACGAGUAACUUAACUUGAUAUGCAAUUUAAGUGCAUUUAGAUACAGUUUUCAAGAUUAACUUAGUCCUACUGCAUUUGAAUAACUGCUAAAGAUACAUCUACAAACAAUGUAAACAGCUUUCUAGUACGCGCGAAGCUUUGUCUACAAAACGAGUCAUUUUUUUUCUUACCCUCGCUUCGGAAUUUAUUUCUUCGGCCAUUUUUGCGUGAGUGUUUUUGAUAUAGGUAUCGAUGCGCACCGAAAUGUCAUUUAUGUGACAUAUGCUUUUGAUUUGGUACAUUAUGGCACCUAUAUCAGACGUUCGUCAAAAAACGCCUUCAAUUUUUCCUAAAUUUUAUUUACCUUCGAACAAGUAAGGCCAAACCGUUUUGUUGAUUGCUUACAAAGAUCGACGUUUUUGUUCUUCAGAAGUGCAUCAUUAAAUUUCGACUAAAAUCGAUGACACUUUUCUUUGGAAGAAUUGAAGUAUGUUCACGAGAAGCAAUAUUAAUCAACGAAAAUUCGUUUUACUUGCAAAAUUUUUAUAGGGAUUUGAUAGAAAGAAAGAUGACAAUAGAAAUAUUGCAAAAAAUUAACAUGUCAUAUUUUUCUACAAUGUCUGGAUAAAAAAUAACUAUUUAAAUCGCGAUUGGUUAGUCCCUAAAGUGGCCUCUUUCACGGACAAAGCUUCUCAAUCGCUUACUUAAAUUAUUGAUAAAUUUAAAUCAAGAAAAUCCACACUGAUAUAAUUGCAUGAAUGAAAAACUGUUUUUUUAAAUAUCGUUCAUUUUUUUAUUCAAAUUAUUUUUGCAAUAAAUUAUAUUUAUAAUAAAAAAUUCAGGUUACCUGUAAUCAAAAGUGUAUUUAUUCUUAUGUACCCAAGUUGUUCUGAAUUCCCAGUGUGGGAGACAAUUAGUUUUAGCAACUUCUAUUAUUCGAUUCAUAAAUUAUCGCUUGCCAGCAUUAUUUUUUCCCACAAAAUUGAAUGUAUCAAAUUCCCAAUCUGUGUUUUAUUCCAAAGAAUAUAUGGUUGAAUAUUUUUUUACACAAAUUUUAGAGGAACAAAAUUCCAAUUUGCCAUUAUUGAACCUUGGAAAACACUUUUUCAAGUUUUACACUACAGAUUAAAUGUGCUGAGGCUAAAAAUUCAAUUAUGUUUAAAUAAGCGAUUGGAAUAUAAUUAAUAAGGUAAAUUUUUAGUCAAUGCUUUGUGAUGAAAUAAACAUGUAGACAUAUACGUGUAAAUAUGUAUACAUGUAUAUAAGUAAAUAUAUAAGAAAGGAGAAUAGGUAUACAUUGUGCUUGGUUAUGAAAUAUUAUAAUAAAUAACAACGAAGUUCACGCCAAAUAACACGGCAAUUACAUUUAACUAUUAUUUGCCAAUUGGCCUGAAUGUUAAAAGUUGAACUCUCAAAAAAGUCUGAAACAGUUAAGUAUGCUGAUAAAAGCACAAAUUAUAAAUUUCACGUAGAAUGUAGAUUGUGAAUUAGGUUUUAUACUGUCUUAAGUAUAAAAUAUAUUUUUAAAUUGUGCGAAACAUAAAAUUUACCUAAAACUACAACCGCAGUCUGUACGUCAAAAUUUGUUUGUUGAAAAUAUUAUGUACCUAAUUCUAUUUCAAUACAGAAUUUUCGUAUACUUAUAAUGUAUGCAGUACCGUGUGAUUUUGGAUUAUUUAAAAAAGCAACAUAAAUAAAAUGAGUGAGAAACA